UAUAUACACUAUAUUGCCAAAAGUAUUGGGCCACCUGUCUUUAUGACCUUUAAUGGCCUCCCAGUCUUAGUCCGUAGGCCAACAUAUACAAUCAAGCCCCUAGGCAUGCAGACUGCUUCUACAAACAUUGGUGAAAGAAUGGGUCGCUCUCAGGAGCUCAGUGACUCCAAGCGUAGUCCCGUGAUAGCGUGGUCCCGUGAUAGGUGGCCACCUGGGCAAUAAGUCCAUCCGUGACAUUUCCUGGCUACUAAAUAUUCCACGCUCAACUGUUAGUGGGAUUAUAACAAAGUGGAAGCAACUGGGAACAACAGCCACUCAGCCACCAAGUGGUAGGCCACGUCACAUGACAGGGCGGGGUCAGCGCAUGCUGAAGCGCACAGUGCGCAGAAGUCGCCAACUGUCUGCAGAGUCAAUAGCUAAAGACCUCCAAACUUGGUGUGGCCUUCAGAUGAGCCCAACAACAGUGCGUAGAGAGCUUCAUGGAAUGGGUUUCCAUGGCCGAGCAGCUGCAUCCAAGCCUUCCAUCACCAAGUGCAAUGCAAAGCGUCGGAUGCCGUGGUGUAAAGCACGCUGCCACUGGACUCUAGAGCAGUGGAGACGUGUUCUCUGGAGGGACCAAUCACGCUUCUCUGUCUGGCAAUCGGAUGGACGGACGUGUCUGGGUUUGGCGGUGGCCAGGAAAACGGUACUUGCCUGACUGCAUUGUGCCAAGUGUAGAGU